CGCCCUGCCUCCCUGCUCUCGCGCCGCUGUCAUCAGGCGGACUCAGAGAUGUGGUCCCGGUCCCGGUGCGCGUACCGGACUCUGGGCCGCCCGCUGUCCGCGGUGUGUCAGGCCGGUGACGUGUUCGUCCAACAAAGUGUCUCCGGCCGGUCUGUAUGCAGUCGGGCCGUUUAUUAUAAACCAUGUGAGUUUCUGUCAUCGACCAACGUUCGCCGCGUCAGAUACUUCAAGACGUCUGCCGUCCGCAGGAAUGAGUUGGUUACGGUCAAAACUCCCGCGUUUGCAGAAUCUGUGUCUGAGGGCGAUGUGAGAUGGGAGAAAGCUGUGGGCGAUUCGGUGGCCGAAGAUGAAAUCGUGUGUGAAAUUGAGACUGACAAGACCUCGGUGCCGGUCCCCGCUCCAGCGUCGGGCGUGGUCGAGGAGCUCCUGGUGCCUGAUGGGGGGAAGGUGGAAGCAGGAACGCCGCUCUUCACACUGCGGAAGGGAGAUGCUCCUCAGGCCGAAGCUUCCCCCUCCCCAGCUGCUGCAGCAGAGGCUCCGCCCCCUCCACCUCCUCCACCCCCUCCUCCUCCCACUCCUGCUGCGCCUCCUCCACCUCCCCCCCGGACUCCUCAAGCCAGGCCAAUUUCUGCUGUGAAGCCCACGGUCGCAGCCCCAGCAGCACCUGGGAGCAGAGGAGAACGCAGGGUGAAGAUGAGCCGCAUGAGGCUGAGAAUCGCUCAGAGGCUGAAGGAGGCUCAGAACACGUGCGCCAUGCUGACCACGUUCAACGAGGUGGACAUGAGCAACAUUAAGGAGAUGAGGAAUAUGUAUAACGAGGCUUUCACAAAGAAGCACAACACCAAACUGGGCUUCAUGUCACCGUUUGUAAAAGCUGCAGCGCACGCUCUGAUGGACCAGCCUGCCGUUAAUGCCGUGAUCGAUGAGUCGACCAAUGAGAUCGUCUACAGAGAUUACGUCGACAUUAGUGUUGCCGUGGCAACUCCGAAGGGCCUCGUCGUUCCCGUGAUCCGAAACGCUGAGGCCAUGAACUUUGUGGACAUUGAGAAAGCCAUCAACGCCCUGGGAGAGAAGGCUCGUGACAACGAGCUCGCCGUUGAAGACAUGGACGGAGGCACGUUCACCAUCAGUAACGGCGGCGUGUUUGGCUCCUUGUUCGGCACGCCCAUCAUCAACCCCCCGCAGUCCGCCAUCCUGGGAAUGCACGGCAUCUUCGACCGGCCCGUUGCCAUCGGCGGCCAGGUCGAGGUCCGGCCCAUGAUGUUCGUGGCGCUGACGUACGACCACCGUCUCAUUGACGGCAGAGAGGCCGUCACUUUCUUGCGCAAGAUUAAAACGGUGGUUGAAGAUCCGCGGCUGCUGUUUUUGGACAUGUGACACUCGGCGUGGCGCACGGCGGAACGGACUGAGUCGCCCAGUCAGAGCGGAGUUCCAACACUUGAAAGUCAAUUUCCUGUAGAGAGAAUCUGCGUCACGGUCUGAAUAUACGAGAUCGCGGAGUAUCAGUUAUAUGGCUGCGUUUACACGACGACAGUUUCAAGUGACAACGCAAAACUUCCUUUGCGUUCUGGUGUUCUUUUAACAACUUUGCGCGCAAUGUUUCGAAAAACGUCUUUCUGUUUUGGCGGAAAUGGGACAAAACGCAAACUUGAAAAUGAAGAGUACAUCAUUUUCAGCGUUCCUGCCGUUUCCGUGGAAACUGACGUCGUUUUCAAAACGUUGCCACGUAAGCGCAAAACCUUUCUGACAUGAAGUCGUUAAAACGACAAGCUUUCACUUGAAAUUUUGUUUGCCCUAACAUAGCAUAAAUUGAAGCAGACAAACUCCUCACACACACACACAUACACACACACACACACACGAAGCUGCAGACAGAUGCCGAUCUGUGUUCUUGUCUGUUCUCUAAACGCACAAAGGUUGUUUGGUUUUUGUCUCAAACAGCUCGGUUGCUCAACUUCCUCCCUCCUCCUGGUUAGUUUGGGCUCCUGACACACUUUUUCCACCGUGGGGCCAAAUGAAUCGGUCCAAGAUGUUAACAAGGAUCCAGAGAUUUUCUCGGCUUGUUGUUGCACAAAUUAACCAGAAAGGAAGAAGAGUUCUGCGAUGGAUGAGAAGUUCACUUCUGGACAUAUCGGUGCCUGAAAUGACUCGAUUUGUUCAUAAUCAACUUUUCUGUUCUUCAGAUUUUACUCCCACCUACACCCAUGUUAUACUUUUUGUUAGCAGCUUUUUUUAUAUGAAACUUUCUGUUCUUGCUGUUAUGAUUUGAGCGAUAAGCCGGGAGAUGGACGCUUUCCAAAAACGCACAACGUAGGUAAGUCGAGCUGACAUGUUUUUAUUCUGUCUUAUAUAUGAAAUGCUUUUUAUUUAUACCCGUUAAAAAAAUUAAACUCAAGAAUUUUAUAUACUUAAAA